GGAGGCAGAGAGAAGAGCGAGGCAGAGAGAAGGGGAGAUACCGAAGAGGCACUUAACUUUUUUUUCUCUCCCCAUUUCCUCCCUUCCUUUCCAGGGAGGUUGUGAAAGGGCAGAACAGAGAGGAAGACACAAAGUAAGAGAGACAAAGGGGGCAACGCUGAGAGGAUGAAAGCCAAUGUGAGUGUAUGAGUGACUCUGUGUGUAACAUGCUCUGUCAUGCUGGUGUGACUACCGCUGCCUCUCCAACUGGCGUUGCUGGCUGUCAGGAAAAGGAAUGUUUUCCAGAGGAAUGAGUCCCUGAACCGGUUCACCAUGUGGAUGUGGGACAGUAAUUUCCAAACCUUUGCCGGAAGAAUCCCACGGAAAAAAGAGCAGCAGCCGGAGAGCUUAGCUGGGUGGCCACUGCACUGCUGAGACUCUCUCGCUGACAGACAAGAGUUCACACUGGGCUAAAGUCUGCCACCAGUUCAUAGUUCUUUUUUUAUUGUCCCAUUUAUUGGGAUUUUUUAUGUCUCCUCUGGAACUCAAUGGAUUUUAUGGUGCUUUGUAGUUUGACUUUUUUUUAAGCUUUUUGCAGUGAUGCACUAGGACCAAACCAGUGAGACUGGACGUUUAGAAGAGGCUCUUUACUGGGAGACUGGUCUGAAUGGGUGCCUCACAGCAGUGGACUGCAGUAUGGGACACUACGUAUUGUACUGGUGCCUGUGGACACUGUGGGGCAGUGUCUGUCGAUAGAUAGCUAGAUAGAUAGAGGGGUCCAAAGGGUGAAAGGUUAACAGGAAGAGAGAUCAGUCCUGAAGCAGCUUCGGUAUGAAGCCUGGACAUUGUCCAGGUGUUCCCAAUGACAGGUCCAUGAUGCACCUCAGCCACUUUCCUUUCAGAAGGCACUCCUGGAUAUGUUUCGAUGUGGACAAUGGCACGUCAUCAGGUCGCAGCCCCCUGGACCCAAUGGCCAGCCCGGGCUCAGGCCUCAUCUUGCAGGCCAAUUUUGUCCACAGCCAACGGAGAGAAUCAUUCCUCUACCGCUCAGACAGUGACUACGAUCUCUCGCCCAAGUCUAUGUCCCGAAACUCCUCCAUUGCCAGUGACAUUCAUGGGGACGAUAUGAUUGUAACGCCAUUUGCACAGGUUCUUGCCAGCUUGAGAACUGUACGAAACAAUUUUGGUGCAUUAACUAAUCUACAGCAAGACAGAGCGUCCAAUAAGAGGUCACCCAUGUGUAACCCACCACCCAUCACCAAGACCACCUUCACAGAGGAGGCCUACCAGAAACUGGCCACUGAGACCCUGGAGGAGCUGGACUGGUGUCUGGACCAGCUGGAGACGCUGCAGACGAGACACUCGGUCAGCGAGAUGGCCUCCAACAAGUUCAAGAGGAUGUUGAACAGGGAGCUGACUCACCUAUCAGAGAUGAGCCGCUCUGGGAACCAGGUGUCUGAGUUCAUCUCCAGCACCUUCCUCGACAAGCAACAUGAAGUGGAAAUGCCAUCCCCUCAGACGCAGAAAGAGAAGGAGAAGAAGAACAAGCCCAUGUCUCAGAUCAGCGGGGUGAAAAAGCUGCAGCACUCCUCCAGCCUCACAAACUCUAAUAUCCCUCGCUUCGGAGUCAAGACCGAGACAGAGGAUGAACUCGCUAAGGAGCUGGAGCAUGUGAAUAAAUGGGGCCUUAACGUUUUUAAAAUCUCAGAGUUCUCUGGGAAUCGGCCGCUGACAGUCAUGAUGUACACAAUAUUCCAGGAGAGAGACUUGUUAAAAACGUUUAAAAUUCCACUUGACACCUUUAUAACAUACCUGAUGACCUUAGAAGACCAUUAUCAUGGCGAUGUGGCCUACCAUAACAACAUCCAUGCUGCUGACGUCACCCAGUCAACGCACGUGCUGCUAUCCACCCCCGCCCUCGAGGCUGUGUUCACGGACCUUGAGAUCCUAGCUGCCAUCUUUGCCAGUGCAAUUCACGACGUGGACCAUCCUGGUGUCUCCAACCAGUUCCUCAUCAACACCAAUUCAGAGCUCGCACUGAUGUACAAUGACUCGUCAGUGUUGGAGAACCACCAUCUAGCAGUCGGUUUCAAGCUUCUACAAGAGGAGAACUGUGACAUCUUCCAAAACUUGACCAAAAAACAAAGACAAUCACUGCGAAAGAUGGUCAUUGACAUUGUGCUAGCAACAGACAUGUCCAAGCACAUGAAUCUACUGGCUGAUCUGAAAACGAUGGUGGAAACCAAGAAGGUGACCAGCUCUGGCGUCUUGUUGCUGGACAACUACUCUGACAGGAUACAGGUUCUACAGAACAUGGUGCACUGUGCAGAUCUGAGCAACCCCACCAAGCCUCUCCAGCUGUAUCGGCAGUGGACGGACCGCAUCAUGGAGGAGUUCUUCAGCCAGGGCGACAGAGAGAGAGAGAGGGGCAUGGAGAUCAGCCCUAUGUGUGACAAACACAACGCCUCAGUAGAAAAGAGCCAGGUUGGUUUCAUAGACUACAUCGUUCACCCUCUGUGGGAGACGUGGGCUGACCUGGUCCACCCAGACGCCCAGGACAUCCUGGACACGUUGGAAGACAACAGGGAGUGGUAUCAAAGCACCAUCCCCCAGAGCCCCUCUCCUGCCUUGGACGAGCCUGAGGAUGGCACUCGACCCCCAGGAGGGGACAAGUUCCAGUUUGAGCUCACCCUGGAGGAGGACGGGGAGUCGGACACUGAGAAAGACAGCGGCAGCCAGCCGGAGGAGGAAGAUGAGGAGGAGGAGGAGGAGGAAGACGAGGAAAACAGCUGUACGGACUCUAAAACACUCUGUACACAGGACUCUGAAUCAACAGAGAUUCCUUUGGACGAACAGGUGGGGGAGGACGAGGACGAGGAGGAGGAGGAGGAGGUAGCGGAGGAGGGGGAGACACCCUGCUCGCAACCAUGUGUGGUAGAGGAAGAGGUAGCAGAGGAGGAGGAGGAAGAGGAGAAAGAGCAACCCUCAAACACAUAGCAGUUUAUGGACAGCACCUGAUUAACUGUUCUUCUUAGUAAUGACAGAUGAUUAUUUAUAGAAUAUUUUUUGGGUUUUGUGGAGUCUGUCUGUGUUUUUUAUACAUCUAUGUUUAUGGUUCCAAAGCGUGCGCUGCUCUCCACCUUGGCCACUCCUCCUGUCAGCUUCGUACAGACACGCCCACCGGUACUUCUUCAAGUUUUUUUGCACUCAGGAAAAGUCCUCUCCAUUCCCGUUUGUACUGAAGCGGUGUGUCCUUAUUUCUCUCUUACACCUCCCCUUUUCGAGCUUUAGUUUCGUACACGGACGAGCAGCUUACCGUCCUGCUCAGCUGUUCACACAAUACAUCAUUUCACCUUUUCCUUCCUUCCGCUUCGUCUCAGCCUUGCCUGAGAGUUUCUGUGUUUUAUCAAGUGCCCAUACUCUGCAGAGACGGUAAUGGGUGUGUUCAAGGAGAAUCUCCCUCUCGGUUAGGUCAUUUCCUCCCCUCUGGGAAUUAGGAGGUGUUUAAUGCUGCCCAGUCCGCUAAAAACCUGACAGGACGCCACCGCAGAGAUGAAAGCCGCAGCACACUGGGGAGCUUUUCGAGACACAUUUCUGAUGUGUGGAAGUCUUCCUUGAAAACCUGACUGAUACAAAGCUCAAAAUCGAAACAGCCAUGAUGCUGUCCUUGACCUCUUUAAUUUUUGUAUCAUACUGUAUGUAAGAUUCAGAUAUUUUCUAGAAUUUACUUUUGCAAUCCUAGGCUUUCUUUUGUUAGCAAAGAUUAGAGAACUUUUUGGAAACCUAAGGGGAGAAAUGUGUCACAGAUAUUCAGUGUUUUUGAAGGCUGGAUGACAUUAGGAGUGUUCUGAGGUGUUUGCACUUGCUCCAAUAGCAUUUAUACUACUAUUCCCAUGCCAUGAUACCCACAUUUGGUUAGUCCUGAAAGUUUGGAAUUUAUCCAUAUUAUUUUGUUGAGAGUUUUCACUGAGAAGGAAGCAGGAGCCUGAAGUCUUAAGCUUCCCUCUCACUGAAAUCGUUUUGUGACGUGGAGGAAGCCUUUAAAUUUUAUUAUCGUUGCCUGCAGUUCUUUUGAACACAUCCUGAGACAAUGCAAUGCUUUGUAGUUGAUACAAAAAGCACCUUUUUUUAAAAGCUUGAUUAGUGUUCAGAGUAUACAGAAACAGUUAUGGUGUUAAAAAUUACUGGGGUGAUUUUAUACCAACGUCAUGAAAGCUUUUUUUGUCCUUUCUUUUAUUUUUCUUGCCCGUUCUCUUUGAUGUACACAUCACCAACAGCUGCGUACCGGCUUCUUUUCAGCCAUUUCAUUUGCUGUUAAAGGUGCAGUGUGUAGGAUUUAGAAGGAGAUAUUGGCAGAAAAGAAACAUAAUACAAUAAGUAUGUUUUCU